AUGUUACACGGCUAUAGGCCGCAGUUCCACUUGGGAGCUCUGCGCGGGCUAUCCACUACUGUUGAUGAUUGGACACCGCCAGAAGGAUUGCGCAUUGGAGCCCACCAAGCUAUGGAAGUUUCCAAAAGAAAAAUGAAAAUAGCAUAUGAUGCUCGAUGGCAUGAUAAUACUCAUUACCAAGUGGGAGAGGUGGUCGUGAUGAAGAGGGCUCCCAACUCUACAGGAGAAUCCACCAAAUUACAAAACCGCUACAGGGGACCGUUAGUGGUUUCAGAGGUACUUCCUGGAGACGUCUAUAGAGUUACUGAUUUGUACAGUGGUCGACCAAGUAGGUUUGCUACCACAGCUCAUGUCGCUCAGUUGAAAUCCUGGAAGUUGAUUGAUGCUGAAGAAGAGGGCAGGCUUGCGGCUGAGGCCAAUGUCCCUGGAGACGCUGCCACUACUCCAGAAAUGUCAAACCAGGAUGCUGAUAGAUCUGGGUCCGAUGUUGUUCAGAAGGAAGGUAGACCACGCCGUGAACCUCAUCCACCCGUCUGGCUUAAAGAUUAUGAUACUUGUUCCUAA